GGGGAAUGAUAAUGAAAGAGCCGAAACGACAAAACUACCCUCUCUCUCUCUCUCUCUCUGAGAUAUAGAUGUAGUUGGCCAACACAUGGAACCAUCACAUAUACCGUGUCUAGCGUUCCGGAUCGCUUUAAGACAAUCAGCUUGAAAAGCGGGUGAUUUUCAUCUCUUGGAAGACCAAAGCUUUUCCUCUUUCCUUUUUCUCCCUCUUAAUCCAUGGAUACUGCUCAGUGGCCACAGGGAAUUGGAGUGGUUAAAUCCAUGGAGGGUUCAAGGCCUGUGAGGGCAAGACCUCAAAAAGAUCAAGCCUUGAACUGCCCAAGGUGCAAUUCAACUAAUACCAAGUUUUGUUACUACAAUAACUAUAGUCUCACUCAGCCAAGAUACUUCUGCAAGACUUGUAGAAGGUAUUGGACUGAAGGUGGGUCCUUGAGAAAUGUUCCUGUUGGAGGAGGUUCAAGGAAGAACAAGAGAUCGUCAACUAGUACUACUUCCUCAUCAACAAUAUCAUCACCUGCUUCUUCAUCUUCAAAGAAGCUUCCUGAUGAUCUGACCCCACCUGCUGCUUUCCCUCACUCUGCUUCUCAAAACCCUAAGAUCCAUCAGGGCCAAGACCUUAACCUAGCAUACCCACCCACUGAUCAUCAUCAGGACUACAGUAACAUAUCUAAAUAUCAUGUGGAUCAGCUACCCUUUAGUACUACUACUACUACUGCUGACCAGUACAACAAAAGCCACCGUCAAAACCCUAGCUCCUCCUGUACUACUUCUUCAUCUCAACUCUCAGCCAUGGAACUGCUCAAGACUGGGAUCAGUACUUCAAGAGGGUUGAGUUCCUUCAUACCCAUGUCUGUGUCCGAUUCCAGUACCAUAUAUACAGCUGGGUUUCCUUUGCAAGGAUUCAAUAAACCAACCCUGAAUUUUUCUCUAGAGGGAUUUGAAGCAGGUGGGUAUGGGAGUAGUACUAGUACUCUUCAAGGGGUGCAAGAGACUGGUGCGAGGCUCUUGUUUCCUAUUGAGGAUUUGAAACAGGUCCCAACAAACACAAGCGAGUUUGAGCAGAAUAGAGGACAAGGAGCGGAUCAUUCUACUGGCUACUGGAAUGGAAUGCUAGGAGGAUCAUGGUAAAUAAUAAAUAAUAAAGCCCAGAAAGAGAAACGGAUGAACGAUCGAGGAUGAUCAGGAGGAGUUUGUGUUUCAAUUUGUUUUUCUUCUGCCAGAUGGGUGACUUGUUUUGAGUUAAUCAAAACUAACAAAUUAAUAGGGUACAUGCUUUCUUUUUUAAUCUAUUUUUUUUUUCAUCCUCUUUCCACUUAUUUUUCUUUGCUCUAGCUGUACUUCUUUUGCUUUCUUGUCUUCCUUUGCACCAUGAUCAAUGCGGAUGUUUGAAGCUUUAUUUUAGGUUGGCUUCAAAAGAUGGAACGAACACGAGGCUAAGAACGAUCGAUAUCUCUUUUUUAGGGAUCAUUCAUUUGGUCAGAAGAGAAAUCUGACUUCUAGUUCUUGGCUAGCUAGCUUCGCACCUUUAUCUUCCUCCAUCUUAUGUUUCUUCUAUCAAAACAAGCUGAGUUGUUCAGUAGUACUGUAUGAUGAUCAUGAUCAUGUGGCUGAUCUUGCUAGUUGCUAGAAAUCAAUAAUAUAUGUUCCAUGUAGCUCGA